AUGACUGAAACGUUUCACCAAGACGCGGCUCUACCUAACUUCCUCACCUAUGAGAUCCUGUCGUGCAGCCCAGAAAAGCGGGAACAAGAGAUACUAUUAAAUCCAUGUUCGAUCGGCUCCUCGCAUCAACAUGUGUAUCUGCCUAUGCCUAGUAGUUCCAGUAUCUUAGAAACUCCAGUUAUGACUGAAACUUUGCACCAGGAGCCUGCUUUAUGUGGUAUAAUCACCAAUGACAAUCCGUCGUGCAGUGCGGAUAGGCACGAACCGGAGAUACCAUUAGAUCCACGUUUGAUUGGCUCCUCGCAUCAAAAUGUGUUUCUACCUGGUACAGCUAGCAGUCAUGAAAAUGAUAAUAAUGUGGGGGGCAGGCAGGGGCAGGCAUGA